CUCUGUAAGCCAUCGCUGUGCGCGCUCUGUAUUGUGGUUGAUGAACCCGCAUAGCAGCCAGGUAUUAGGCUCCAAGUUCUCAUAACAUGGUGCGCCUGUCUGUUGAAAAGUAAUGUCUAUACAUCGGAUGUCAAAGACCUCCGAAGGAAAGCACCGAGAUAUAUAUCCGACUGUCGACAAAGUUGAAGGAUGCCUUCUUGAAUUCUCUUGAGGUUUCAAAUGACCGUGCGUCUUAGCCUCGACAUGGCAUUUAGGCAUGCGGCUUCAAUCUGCCUGCCUCACAUGACUGGAGCCCACCCACCGAAGUACAGAUUGACGACUACAGAACAGUUAGAGCCCGGUAACUGGAACUCGACAAAUACUGCGAGUGUCACAGAGGCGGCGGCUUUAACGUAUACCCUUGCCACUGUCGUCCCGAUGACCCGCGCCACAGAGCAAGUCGCCGUAAUAUUCUUGGAAACGUCUCUUACUUUUAGACUUGCUCGGGAGAACAUUAAAAGUUGUUACUCCAGCCACGUCAUGGUCGGUCCCGAUUGUUACUGCUCAUAUCGCCCCGAGACUCUCAUCAACGUCAAAUGUCGCAACGUUCGACUCCGAGACUCUGAUUACCACAUACUGGAAGCCGUUGAGGCUGCAUCCGAUGCCCCUCUGGUUGUCCUUCUCCACGGUUUUCCAGAGCUCGCCUAUUCAUGGCGCAAAGUAAUUCAUCCCCUCUCGCAGGCGGGCUAUCGUGUUGUCGCUCCAGACCAAUGGGGCUACGGCAAAACAGUCACGUCGCCUAUUCAAUACGACGACGACCUAGCGCCUUUUCAGAUGUCUAACUUAGUCCAAGACAUCGUGACAUUAGUCCAUACCCUUGGCUAUACAACCGCUUCAGUGGUGGGGCAUGACUUUGGAUCCCUUGUCGCAGGUUUUUGUGCUCUUACCCGCCCGGACAUCUUUCAAUCCGUUGUAUUCAUGAGCGCCCCAUUCACGGGUCUUAGUGCCCCUGGUGCACCUCUUUUCCCCACCAAUGCAAUCGAAAGAACUCUAUCCCUAAUGAACCCUCCUCGAAAACACUAUACGGCAUACUUCUCUUCCCGAGAUGCUAAUAAGCAUAUAAUGCGAACCCAACCGCCGGAACAUUUUUUCCGUGCGUAUUUCCACGCCAAGGCUGCAGACGGCAUCGGGCUAGGCAACAACAAUCCUCAUCCUCUCGCGUCAGUAGACGAAAUGGAAGAGCUUCCGAGAUACUACGUGAUGCUCCAGCAUGAAACCAUGCCUGACGCGGUCCAUCAGCCGCAAGACACGCCUGACAUAUCGUGGCUCACACCCUCCGAGCUAUCCACCUACGCCCACGAAUACUCCCGUACAGGGUUUCAAGGCGGCUUAAAUUGGUACCGCUGCUCCAUCGAUGCGCAGUGGACUCGAGAUUUGUCCGAGUUCGCUGGAAAAGGCGUAGAGGUCCCCGCGAUGUUUAUUGCGGGUACAAUGGACUGGGGAGCUUAUCAAGCUCCAGGGGCUUUGGUGAGAAUGAAGAGUGAGAUCUGUGGGAGGAUGGACGAAAGAGAUGUGGUGCUUAUCGAGGAUGCAGGACAUUGGGUUCAGCAAGAGCAGAGCGAAGCGGUAAUUACCGAGCUGGUGCGAUUCUUGGGGCUGCAUUACGGUGGAAGUCCAUAAGUGAAUACUCGUACCGUUAGUUGGAGCCCGGCAGGCCCCUUUUAAUUUGAAAAUAUAUAUUUCGAACCUGCUUACUUGUUCCCUUUAUUCGGGCAACGUUUCCUUCCGCUUCUGACCGCAGAAUACAGUCAACGCAGAAGGGCUUAUGCGCUUGCUGCCGGGAUGCUAACGCUCUCAUAGUGUACUUCCUAAGGUCCAUGCAAAACGCGCAUGCGAAUU